AUGGCAUUUCUUUCUUCUGGGCGUGCCUCGCCCACUUCUUCCUGCAUUUCUGAUAAUAUUAAUCCAUCAUCCCCCCCCCGAGACACCCGAAGUACCCAACCUGUUGCUCCCUCGCCUUCUCAGGAAAACCCGCAACAGCAGCAACAGCAUCCGCCCCCGACGCAGCAGCCAGAUUGCAACAGCAACAUUUCUUUAUCUCCUCCUCCUCCUUCUUCUGUUCUAGAGUUACCUUCGGCCCCCUCUGCUUCUGCUUCUGCUGCUGCUACUGCUACUGCAGCCGCUGCAGCAGACACCUCCCGCAGCACAACCCCCGCAACGACGGAGGACCAGGCCGGGGGUCCUCUCUCUGAGGCUCACACUCCGAAGACGAAUUCGGGUUCAAGUUCUGCUCAGGACGCCUUUAUUUUAAAGAUGUCUCCCCCUCUAGGGAAAAUGUUGAGUGAGGAGGUUACCAGCACUUGUGGCUGGGCCGAGGGCAGCAAGCUAUCUCAAGGCACUGCAGCAAACGCGUCUGCAGCAGCACGCGAUGCAGCAGCACAGAAUGAGGAUAUAUCGGAGGUUUCUUUAUCCGGGAAUUCUCGCCAGAGCCUGAGUAUUGCAUCAGGGGAGGCAGCAGAAGGCGCAGCGGGAGAAACAGCAAAGCGGCAGAGCUUGUUGGUUCCGUGUUUAGCUGUCUUUUCUAGCAACUACAACUUUGUAGUGACGUCAAUUGCUUUAUUUCUGAUGAAUCAAGAUCCGGUGUAUAGGCAGACACUGGAGUCUGUCGUAGGAAACGGAACCAUAAAGAUGCUAUCUUACGCGGGCGCUAUAGCAGGAAUGUGUAUAAUGGGUCAUCUAGGGGACCUUAUAGGGCGUCGUUUAGCAAUGAUUUGCACAUUAUUUCUCGUUGCCUUCGGCGCCUUAGGCUCUGCUGUUUUCUCUUGGGGCUCUGCUUUAUCUGUAACGAUUAUUUUAGGGGUAUUUCGUUUUGUUUUAGGAGUUGGGUCCGGCGGAGUAUAUCCUUUAAGUGCAGUUACAGCUGCGGAGGGCUCGAACUCUAUAAAAGAAGAUGAUAGAUGUUUGCGAGUAUCAUGGGCGUAUUCUAUGAAUGUCCCAGGCAUUCUUUUUCCCUAUGUCCUCGCUCUUCUAUUGUGGUGGUGGAGCUCAGCUUCUGUUGAAGUUUGCUUUCGAGUAUUGCUGUGCUUCGGUGCUGUUCCUGCAUUUCUUGUAUGGCUUCCUGCUUGGAGACUAAAAGACUCGCGGGAGUACGUACACCCGAACUUCGCCUCCAAGUUGUUGCAUGUUUUCGUAAAGCGUGCAUACUGGAGGCAGCUGCUAGGCACUGGGGUUUGCUGGUUAUUAUAUGAUGUUACAGCUUACGGUAUUUUGCUUGUUCAGCCGGAGAUAACGGAGUUAAUAUGGGGGAAGAAGACAGUAGUAGAAGACGUAAUAAAACAGAACAUCCUUCUAAAUGCAAUAGGCAUUCCAGGGUGUUAUAUGGGGAUCCUCGUGCUGAGACAAAUGGGAGUAAAGUGGCUCCAGUUCUGGGGCUUUGUAGGCUUAGCAGGCUCUGCCUUCUUGCUUGCUGCUGCAGCCCAUGCACUUGAGGGAUGCGGCUGGGCCCAGCUAGCGCUGCUCGCAGUUGUCAACUUCUUCAUCAAUUGGGGGGCCAGCAUCACCACCUUUAUUCUUCCUUCUGUCGUCUUCCCGCCCUCAGUUCGUUCUACUUACGCCGGUAUAUCGGCGGCUAUGGGUAAAGUAGGAGCUGUAGGGGGUAUUUAUAUUAUGAAGAUGGCUCUAGCGAACUGGGGAUUAUGCCCAAUGAUGAUUUGUGCAGGGGUGCCUUCAUUGAUCGCUGCAGCUCUCACAUUCUUCUUCGUUAGCCCAUCACCGCAAUCGGCGACUGCAGCUUUAAAAGAUUGCUUCGGUAGUCUUGGGGGCUGUAUUCCCUUCGUUGACUGCAGAAGAAGAAGGAAAAUGUAA